AUGAACGAAGAAAUCGACCACGUCCUCUCCUUCUGGUUCUCUGGCGGUACCCAAGCCGUCACCCGCUGGUUCCGACCUCCUGCAGGCUUCGACGAGGAAGUCCGCACCUCCUUCCUCCCCUUAAUCUCCCAGGCGCGCUCUCAUGAACUGGAUUCCUGGACAGACACACCUCUUGGCUCUCUCGCACUGAUUAUAUUGCUUGACCAAUUCCCACGCAACGUCUACCGGGGCAGCGAUGGCGCGCAUGCCUCCGACGCCCAAGCAUGUUCCGUAGCCACGAAUGCUAUUGCUCGUGGAUAUGAUCAUCAAGUCGAUGACUUACAAGCGCUGUUCUUCUACAUGCCUCUUAUGCACGAUGAGAGGCUGGUGUCGCAAGUGGCUUGUGUGGCGCAGAUGGAAACGCUGUACGCACGAUGUCAGCAGAAAGAGAAUGCGGAGGCAAGGGAGGCAAGGGAAUUUGUUGAGCAGGGUCUAAAAUCUGCGAAGGGCCAUAGGGACACCAUUUUGAAGUUUGGUCGAUUUCCGAGUAGAAACAAAAUUCUGGGAAGGGAGUCCACGGAGGAAGAGAAAAAGUUUUUGGAGGAGAAUCCGUCGGGGUUCCUCUAA